GGGAGGGAGGAGGGAAAGAGAUAAGUGAUCUAAAGGGGAGACGAUAGGACAAAAAGUGAUGAUGAUGAAUACAUUGGAAAGUUUUUUGGCCCUGACGAGGGUGUCAGAUUGAAUGGCCUGUGCGCAUGUGCGAAGGUGUCCAAACUGACAAUGCUUGUGAGAUGAAGAUAGUGUUGUUGCUGCUUCUGGGCUCAAGGAGGACGAGAGGAAUCUACAAGCCGACAAGAUGAGAUCCAAGGCGAGGGCGAGGAAACUGGCCAAAAAUGACAGUGAGGCGGUAGGUAGUGUGUUUGACACAGAGCCCAGCGUGCCCAGCGGCGGGGGCGAGAGUGCGGACGAGGAGACGGAGGACGCCAUCAUGUCCCCCAUCCCCGUGGGGCCCCCCUCACCGCACCCCAACGACGAGGACUUCACCCCCAAAGAGGGCUCGCCCUACGAGGUGCCCGUCUACAUUCCAGACGACAUUCCCAUCCCCGGCAACCUGGAGCUGCGCGAGUCCUCCAUGCCCGGAGCCGGACUCGGCAUCUGGGCCAAGUGUGGCAUCGGGAUGGGCGAGCGCUUCGGACCCUACGGCACCACGUCCUGCACCAGCCUCAGAGAGACCACUUACGGAUGGGAGAUGCUGAAUGAUCAUGAAGUCUCGUCCCAAGAUGGCUGCAUCAAAAAGGUAGGACGUUCUUAACAUCCUCAUCCAACUCUCCGGGUUCUUCCAUCCGCCCUGUCCCCUCUCCCCUGUCGCUGUGUUCCUCAGGGUUCUGUCCUCAGCACCACCUGAGGCUGAAAGCAACAUGUCUUCCUUCCUGAAAUGUGUGACUGGUUCAAUGAUUUGACACACACACACACACACAGCCAACACUGCAGACACCUUGAAAGAUAUGAACAUACAGUACAUGUAGUUUCCACGAAUGAAUUAGAUUACUGGUCCUGAAACAAACCGAUUCCCUUGUUCUCUGGAAAAUGACACCUCUUGAUUUUGAAGCAUCUUGUGUUCCUU